AUGGAUUCCGCCGCAGAAACUCAGUUCAAGAACGCUUUUCAGAUUCUUGACGCAGUAUUCUUGGCCCUCGGGCUGGCAAGCAAUCUCUUCGUCUGUUUUAUUAUGACUCGGUGCAGCUUGGCGAGGAAAAGUAUCUCCAAUUUUUACAUUCUCCAACUCUCUGUGACGGAAGUUGUUUACAGAACAGUUCUGGCUGCUCUGAAAAUCUACACUGUAAACGGGAAACGUCAUUUGAUUUCGGACACUGAAUGCAAAAUAUUGAUUCUUUGGCCAGAGGCAAUGUGUGCUGCUAUUUUUAUUCUUCUCGCUGGAAUCGCCAUGGACCGCAAAAAACACAUCAUAAAUCCCUUAAAGGCUAUGGCAAUGGAUAAACACCGAAAGACAAGGAUUGUUUUCAUUUGGUUAUUUGCACUCACUAUAUCUAUUCCCACCUCUUUAACUGCUAGCGUCAACCCAAGAUUGCAGCUACAAAAUAGCACCGAAGAACUUCUACUUCUUUGCCUUCUGCCACGUGGCCAGUUGUUAAGCAAAAUCUCAUUCACUAUCUACUCCUUGUUCGGUUUUGUUGUUCCAUUAGCAAUAAUAUUACGAUCUUAUUACCAAAUAUAUAUUUAUCUACGAGAAAGGGCUAAAACGCGAAAAUUAAAUGCGUCUUACAUAAGGUCCAAAUACAGAGCCCUGCGUAUGAUGGUCCAUAUCAUUCUUAGUUUUCUUUUGAGCUGGGGACCUGUCAUGUGCAGCACUCUUGCAACAGUUUACGGUGCUACAGUUCGAAUAGGAGAUAUUUCAGUCAAGCACAUUACAAUUUGUAUUUCGUUAACUAGUUCUAUUAUUAAUCCAGUGAUUUAUUCAUUUGGAAAUGUAAAUUUUCGAUCCGAGGUUGUCAGGACAUUUCGAAGUUUCAUUUUGAAAGUGCGCUGGCAAAGAGACUUAAGAUAGGAAAAGGAAAAAAAAAACUGACGCUGUACUUUCAAUUAGCUAUAAAGUUGGUUGAGGAGUGGGGUGAAGUUUAGCUACUUCUGUUUUUCAAAAAAGUAUUAGUGAAAAAUAUUCAAAGAGGAAAGAAAAUUUUCAGCAGCGGCAAAUGAGAACCUAAAGUAAAAAUGCGCAAACUGCCAGAAGCGCGGGAAAACGCGGGUUACCAGGUCGCAACUGAUUGGUUUAAAUUUUGAAUCUGAUUGUGGCGCGAGU